GCCGUGGCCGGCGCUGUGGCCCCCCCGCCUCACAGCUCUCUGCAGAACCAGAAGCUGCUGCUCGAGAACCGGCUCCUGCGGGAGAGGACGUGUAACCUGGCUCUGGAGAACCAGGAGCUUCGCUGCCGCCUGGGUUUAGAUGUGGUGAAGACGGAGGAGGAGGAGGAGCAGGAGGAGGAGAAGCCCCAGGAAUCGCAGGUGGAAGAGAUGAGAUUGGUGACCGGGUCCGCUGAGUCCGCAGCACUCAGACUACGUGUUUCUGCAGCAGGUGCAGGCCCAGCAGUCACCAUUUCUGAUAACUUCCACAUGGAUUCUGAUGGCAGUGACUCUUCAGAUGCAGAGUCUGAUCUACUGUUGGGCUUUCUGGACAGUCUGGACCCAGACAUGUUUCUCAAAUACGCUGAUUCAGCAUCAGUGUGCCUGGAAAAGCUGGAGGAAGAGAUGUGUGGAGAAACAAGUUCCAUACCAACCUCCCCCUCUCCCUCUUUGGGGUCCCCAUCAGCAAAGCUGGAGGCCAUUAAUGAACUGAUAAGGUUUGAUCAUGUGUACACGAAGCCCCUAAUACUGGAGAUUCCUGUUAAAGUGGGCAACCAAACCAAUAUGCUAGUGAAAGUUGAGGAAUUCUCUCUCCCUCCAUCUGAAGACAAAGCUACCCCUGAGGUCCCAGUAUCUGUGAAAGAGGAACGUGUAGACAGCUUCAUGCCCAAGCUGGGCAUCUCUGACCUGCUUCCCUCUCAUUGUAGCCUUGCUGCCUCAAGCUAUCUGUUGGAUGCUUGUAGUGACUCUGGGUAUGAAGGAUCCCUGUCACCCUUCAGUGACCUGUCCUCUCCACUUGACACUGGCCAUGCUUGGGAGGAUAACUUUGCCAAUGAACUCUUUCCCCAACUGAUCAGUGUCUAACUCGGUAGUGUUAACCCCCUUGGGUGAUGAUCCUGGCAGGGUAACAGGAUAAGUCCCUUUGGGGGGUGGGUGGAAAUGAAGUGUACUCAGUGUUGCUCACUCCUGCCCCUGCUAGUAGACAGAGCUAUGGCCAGUGCGUUUCUCCUGGUGUGAAAAAGCCUAGGGUGCGCUGUCCUGCCCCCCUCUGUCAGCACUGGCUGAUGAGGAUGGAAAGUCUUUCUCAGUAACUUGCCAGUUCUAUGUCAACCUGAAAAUGUUCAUUUUGUUUUCUAUUUAAGGUAAUUUUAACACCAAGAACUGCAGUGGGAUAGUCAUGUAUAGACAGCUGGGUUAAAACUAAGUAGUCUGUAGAACUACAGAUUUAUUAUGUAAAUGCUUGUUUUCCAUUUGCUAUGUAGAGUUUUUCUCCAUUUAAUAUUUAACUGUAUCGGUGCAAUUAAAGUGCAGUGCAGCUCA